AUUGGCGGUGGCGGCACGCGGCGGGUUUGAACGGCCGGUACGGAGGGAUGGAGGACGCGGAGCUGCGCUGCACGGUGGCCGUGGAGCAGCCGCUGCUGGGGGGACAGGCCCCGCGGCGCCGCGUCAUGCGGGGCGCGCUGGUGCUGCUGGGCCGCAACGAGCUGCGGCAGCCGGUGCUGCGGGUGGUCGGCGGCAGCGGCAAGGCGGCGGCGGUGUUGAGCUUCGUGCUGGCCGGUGACGCUGUGAGGCUCUUUACGCGGUUCGCGGGCGAGGGCCGGGCGGCGGUGCGGGUGGGGCCGGGCCAUGCCCAGGUCCUGCUUUCCGACUGUCCCCCAGACGCGCUGCGCCGCUUCCUCCGACUCCUCCGGCUCAAGGUUCUCGCUGGGCCGCGGGGCCCGCCGCGCACCCCCCGCCUGCUGGAGCGGCAGUCGCCGGCCUUCGCCGUCAUCAGCCCGCCGCAGGAGCGGGCCCUGCUGCGCGGCCCCGAAGCGCGGGGGCAGCGCCCGGCGGCGGUGCCCCGCGCGGAGAGGCGGCCCCCGGUGAGGCUCUCGGCGGAGCAGGAGGCGGUGCUGGGCGCCGUGCGGAGUGGGAAGAGCAUCUUCUUCACUGGCUGUGCAGGGACCGGGAAAUCGUUCCUGUUGAAGAAGAUCGUGGGUUCCCUCCCUCCGAGUGUCACCUACACUACGGCCAGCACAGGAGUGGCGGCUUGCCACAUUGGUGGCACCACUCUCCAUGCCUUCGCAGGGAUCGGCUCUGGGAAGGCACCACUGGAACAGUGUGUUCAGCUGGCAGAAAGGCCUGGGGUACGGCAGCACUGGCUAGCCUGCCAGCACUUAAUUAUCGAUGAGAUCUCCAUGGUGGAUGGCAAGUUCUUUGACAAGCUGGAGGCAGUGGCGAGGGUGGUCAGAAAACGGGAUGAGCCUUUUGGAGGAAUUCAACUAAUCAUCUGUGGAGACUUCUUGCAGCUACCCCCAGUCUGCAAGGCUAAUGAAGAAACCAAAUUCUGCUUCCAGGCAAAAAGCUGGAGGAAAUGCAUCCACAUAAACAUGGAGCUGACUGAAGUGCGGAGACAGACCGACAAGACCUUUGUGUCGCUCCUGAGUGCAAUCCGUUUAGGCAGGUGCACAGAGGAGGUUACCAGACAGCUGAUGCAGACUGCUGCUAACAGGUCUGAGCGUGAUGGGAUCCUGGCUACGCGGCUAUGCACCCAUAAAGAUGACGUAGAAAUAACUAAUGAGAGAUGCUUGCAACAGCUGUCAGGAGAAGUGCACGCUUUUGAGGCUUUGGACAGUGACCCAGAGCUAGUGAAGCUAAUUGAUGCUCAGUGUCCUGUGGGUGGUAGAGUUGAGCUAAAGCUUGGAGCUCAGGUGAUGCUAGCUAAGAAUCUGAAUGUGUCUCAGGGACUGGUGAAUGGUGCACGAGGAGUUGUUGUAGGAUUUGAAAGUGAGCAGAAGGGGCUGCCUAAGGUGAGGUUUCUCUGUGGGGUCACACAGGUCAUAAAAAUGGAGAAAUGGGUUUUCAAAGGACCAUCAGGAGUUCAUCUGAGUCGUCAACAGUUGCCUUUAAAAUUGGCGUGGGCCAUUUCCAUUCACAAGAGUCAGGGUAUGUCUUUAGAUUGUGUGGAAAUCUCCCUGUCUCGUGUCUUUGAAAGUGGGCAGGCUUAUGUAGCCCUCUCCCGAGCCCGUAGCCUUGCAGGUCUCCGUGUUCUGGAUUUUGACCCAAAAGUAGUGAGAGCUGAUCCCUCUGUGCUGCAGUUCUAUAGACAGCUGAGACGACAUGAGCUUGUAACCCAGGAUUCGCUGCACACCCUUUCAGGUGAUGAUGAGAAGGAGAACUGGAAAUACAGCUGAGAAGGCUCUUCCGGCCUCUGUGAGGCAUCAGCACAGACUACUGCAUUGUGGUGAUCUUGCUAUUGAUUAUAUAUUUCAUAACAUGAAGUUAAAGGAAUUUAUUUUGAUGUUUGCUUCAUUCUGCUGACUCUGGAUAUGUAGAAGUAUCCCCAUCUCGUGCCUCUGAAAUUAGGAAGGCUUCUGUAGCCCCUUUCGGAACCCAUAAAGCCUUGAGUACUUCUGUGUCAUAGAUGCAACUCUAGCAAACAAAAUGACUGAACAAGGACGUGCCUGAGGGUCCUUCCUACAGUUCUAUUCUAUUGCUGCCUGAUUGUGUUUUAUUCUCCGCAUAUGUAGACUGAAACUUGUGUGCCUUUCUUCAAGUAUACCAUAGCUGAGUGAUGGAAAGGGUGUGUGUCCUCUUCGCCUGAAUGGAUUGGACCUGUUCACAAGAGCUGCUGACACAAGGGAAAGCAGUGCUGGAUAUCUGGAAUACAUGCUUGAUUCUCCUGCAAGCAAAGAGCUGCCAGGAGCUGGGCUAUCACUUUAUAGCAUGCUGGGGUGUUCUUGCCUUCCAGAUGCUUAACAGCAGGAGCCUUUGCAUAACUUCCUCCACAAGCAGAACUGUUAGUUAUAUGUUGUCUGUUAUGCUGAUGCAUAGCCUUUUAUUAGUCUGUUGUAUACAAUGAUUUGUAGCUUUUAUUUUUUUAACCUUCUGAGAUGAGCUGGCACCAUUUAAAAAUAGAAGGAAGUCCUAGAUCUUAUACCCAUAAUUAUAGAACUACAAGAAUCGUGAAGAUCCAUUACCUCAUUAGCAAGAAGGGAGUGAGAGGAGAUGGGGGCUGAUGUGAGCCCCUCUUGUUUAAACAUGAGGCUCGCUCAAAUGGGAGGGAGUUUCUGCUGGAAACAAUGUGUCUGACUAAUAAGGUGGAAGUUGAAUGUGCAGUAGGGAAUAAUGGCCAAGGACACGUGAAGUGAGCUGUAACUUCACCUGUUUCAGCAAAAGCAGAGAUCAGUGGAACUAAUGUACUGUCUUUUAAAAGCCUUAAUAAAGGAGAAGCUUUGGUCUUUGUAUUUUA